AUGAAGCUGUCUGAUGUGACCCUCUUGGCUCUGAUCUCAGUUGCUUUCUCUGCUCCUGUUGCCGAGCCUUGCAGCGAGGUCUACUACCCUGAGUACAAGCCCAUAAAGAGCUGGGGAGAAUAUGGAGGACCUGGAAAGUCCAAGCCUCACAAGCCAAAGCCAAAGCCCCAUAAGCCUGAUCACCCUGGAAAGCCUGACUACCCUAAGCCAGGAAAGCCAGAUCAUCCAAGCAAGGCCCAUAAGCCGUGGGAGAACAACCAUGGCCAGCCUGGCUAUCCAGGACCUGGUAAACCUGACUAUCCUAAGCCUGGAAAACCUGAUCACCGAGGUAAGCCAGGCGGUCCAGGCAAGCCUGAUAAAACUUCAACUUUGGCCAGUAACUCAUGGCCACCCUUUCAUGCUCAAAAAAAAAAACUUACCUCGAUCUUGCUUGAUGCAAAAUCGUACUUACGACUGGCCCCAAGUCUGGGAUCAUUGGGCCAUACGGCUUACGACUUAUGUGCUAGGAUGAUGAUGACAAUGUUUGGGGAUAUUCAUGCACGGCAAUCAACACUCGUUUCCUCACUUCUGACACACAUCUCAACGAGAGAGCCUCUAUUUUCACCUUUAACCUUGCGAUUUCUACCCUGA